CAGGACUUCUGCUUUGAUAGUCUGUCUGUACUGCUGUAGGAAAUGUCGGUUUUCUCAUUCAUGGCUCUUCUGUUCAGCACAUCUGUUAUGUUAUCUUCACCUUCAGGAGACACUUAUAAUGCUGAAUUAAGUAACAUAACAGCAUUGAGUGGUUCUUGUGUGCAGAUACCUUGUACAUAUAAUGUGUCUGAUUUUGAAGACAAAUUAAUAAGAGCGCAGAGGAUAUUUGGUAUUUGGCUAAAGACGACACAUGAGAUGGCUGGUUUGAUUUUCAACAGCAAUCCACCUAUCAUUAAAGGAUUAAGUCAUAUAGAGAUGGUUGGAAAUCUUAGUCGGCGUGAAUGCACCACUGUUUUCUAUAAUGUCACGAAGAAUCAUUCAGACGUCUACUACCUCAGGGUGCAAAUGGAGCCAGACAUAUUUAGAGCAACAUUCAUGACUCCCGUCAAUGUUACAGUCUUAGAUGUGCCGAAUCCUCCUGAACUGAAUGAUGUGGAUGAAGUGAUGGAGGGCACUACAGUCAGUCUGAGGUGUUCUGCUGAAGCUCCCUGCCCCAAAAAACCUCCUACAUUAUCCUGGUCUUACAUCCCCACAUCUGCCAACAUCACAACACAGAUACAAGAGAAACCUGAUAAAACUCAAUCUGUGAUUUCCACAAUGACCUUCAAUGCUUCAUACACGGAUCACAAGAAGAACAUCUCCUGCACUGUAACAUAUCCAACGCACAUCUCUAAAGACACAACUGUGGAAAACACCAUAACGCUACAAGUUCUGUUUUUCCCAAAAGAAACUCAUAUCAAACUCGAACCAAAUGCUUCAGUCUCUGCUGGCACUAAUGUGACUUUAACCUGCAAAAGUAAAGCAAAUCCAUCAUAUGAUAUGAACUACACCUGGUACAAACGUGGAGAGCAGAAACUUCUGGCAUUCGGAGAGAAAAUGUCCUUUAAUGUCAGUAAGAUCAAUGAAGGGUGUUACUUCUGCAGAGCAGAGAACAAAUAUGGUGCACAGACAUCAGAAGACAUCCAGCUGAUUGUUGAAGCCGGAUUCAUUGUAGAGUCGUCAGAUACCUUCAUUCCUUUGGUCGCAGGAUGUGUUGGAGGCGCUUUAGCUUUUCUGCUGUUUUUUCUUCUGGCAAUGAUUUUGUACAAAAAAAGAAAACAACGGACACAAGCGUCAAAUAAACCUGUCGUCGGGGAGGCUGACCUUUCUGACCAGGACCAGAAUAAAGAUGAGCCGGUCAGUUCCAUUUAUAUGAACAAUGCUUUUGUGUCGAGCGAGCAGCCUGAGAUGACAAAUGAUGAGAGUGACACAAUUCACUACGGCGAGAUUAACUUCUCCACCAUCCAAACCAAAAACCACACUGAAAGAAGCUCAGGUCAGGAGAUCAUAUAUGCUGAGGUGUGUCACCAAGGCAAAAAGAUGAAUCAGGAUUAGUCGACAUUGAGAUAAGCAUAUAUGUGAAUGAACAAUAGCAUUGUUUCAGCUUGAAGUGUCUUUUUGUUUAUAGAACUGCGAUGGGAUUGUGAAUAGUUAAUCUUAAUGAACUUGUUUUUAUACCGUUGAGAAUUAUAAGUGUUUAGUGUUUUAUCACUUGACUGUUAUAUAUAUAUACAGCAUACAGUAAAUGUCUUGAGAACAGACUGUAAUUGUGAUUCAAAUCAAUUGUGUUUAAUUAAAUGCCUAAAAUUUGUUUGUGUACACAAGCUGAAUUGAUUAAUAGUUCAAAUCAGCACACACACCGUGUGACUGGUAAAAAUAUUUACAUACAGUGUAUAUUUUCAUUAUUAAUAUAGCAUUUUAAUAUAGGCUAGAUUUUAAAGCUUUUUUAAAAAAAAAAACAAGAACAGUAAAUGUUAGAUUUUAAUUCCAGGAACAAAAAAUCUGAACUACAAAACUGUAAUGAACUUGAGCUUGGAAGUAUGAAAUAACAAUUACUUUCUGUUUGCUGUAGAACCUUAGUCUAUACAUAGGUAAAAGUGUGUUUUUAUGUGUCACCUGGAUGAAGUAAUGUAGGAUUAACUAAAUAUCCACAGACUGCUUAUGAAC